UGGGGUAUUGUGGUAGCUGGGUGAAGUGUGUUGUGAGCUGUCGCUGCUCAUGUUACGAAUUUAGUGUCGAGACUUUAGUUAGGGACACUUUCAGUGAGGCUUUCUCGAACAUUUCAUUAGUCCUACAACAAAGCACUUGGGCAGACUGCGCGCUAACAAAGCUAGCAGUUCCUUAUACUUUACUAGAGCUACACAAAGGAAAUGCGCUCGAUUAGUUGGGAAGCAUUAAGUUGCUGUCAGCCCAGACAAAACAGGUUUUUAUAACAUUCAGUUGCUGAAUGUGUUAUAAGAUAAUCACUUUGCUUGUCAGCCUGCCGGUAGUGCUCCGAUGUUUUGGCCAAGCGAGCUGAUAUUAGUCUCUUGAGGUAAUACAGGUAACGAUUUGUCUUGUUAAAUAGUGAGGAAUGAAGCUGCCAUUAUGGCGAUAACCGGGAAGGACAAGAUGCUACAUAGUGACAUUAAAAUAAGGUAGCUAACUGCGAGCUAGCGAACAUUCAGCCAAGUGUCCAGGAUAGCCACGCAUAGCUCGGAUGCAGACGCAGAAGUAGCUGACCAUCAGUUUCAAGCGAAUAAAACUGGAUGAGCGCUGCUGUUAGCAUUUUGAGCUAACGGGCUAAUUAGCAGCGCUAAAGCUAACCGUUGCAUUGGGGCGUGCGAGCAACAAAAAGCGACACAACGGAUUUAUUAAACUCGACGCUAAUAAUGGCUGCCCCCACAACCGAGGCCUUGUUUUUGAUAAAGGAUGUGAAGCCCGGGUCGAAAAAUCUGAAUAUUGUUUUCAUCGUUUUGGAGAUCGGACGAGUGACUAAAACGAAAGAUGGCCAUGAGGUGCGCUCCUGUAAAGUGGCAGACAAAAGCGGAAGUAUUGCCAUCUCUGUUUGGGACGAGCUGGGUAGUCUUAUUCAGCCAGGGGACAUCAUCAAGCUGACCAGAGGCUAUGCAUCUAUAUGGAAAGGCUGUUUGACCCUGUACACUGGAAGAGGGGGAGAUCUGCAGAAGAUUGGAGAGUUCUGCAUGGUGUAUUCAGAAGUGCCCAACUUCAGUGAACCAAACCCAGAGCUGCUAAACCAAGCAAACCAGAACAAGUCUGGUAAGCCUGACCAGAACCAGAGAGGGAACUCUCCACCUAAUCAGAAUUCAGGUACACCUGCUCCACCAGGUAACGGCACCAUGCCGCCAUUUUCCAACAACCCCCCGCCUGGUACUCCCCGUGACCCGGCAUUUGGAAAUGUUGGACGCCCCAAUGGAAGGUCACCUGGUAAUGGAGCACCACCAGUUAAUGCUGCUGGACCCCCUACAGCCACAAAGUCCUCUGUUACCAUUAGCAACGGCAGGGAUCCACGACGUGCCAAAAGAUGAAACCGUUUUUUGUGGGAGGAGCCG